UAGUUUUGGUGAUUUUGAACUGCUCAAAUACAUUAGCGAAGGGAGAAAGAAACCCAUUUUAUUUAUUUAUUAACUCCUCUGUAGGAGUUAUGUAUAUAUAUAAUAGAUUCUAUCUUCGACUUUUCUGAACCCCAUUGAUUCGGUUUGGUUUGUGUACAUACGGAGUCCUAAUAUUCAACACAAAUCUAUUGACCAGUCGCCCCCAUCUAGACAUGCGCUAGUUUUCUUAGGACAAGUUCUCCGUUGCAAUAUGGAGUAUCACUUUCCUUGAGAAAUUUCUCACCAAUUUCACUCGUCUCUAUCUACAUUCCCCUUACAAACCUCCUCCUCUUCCCCAUUUGGAACUUCCCCCAUUCUCUCUCUGGAUUAUCUCUCUCUCUCUCUCUCUCUCUCUCUCUCUAGAUUUGCUUAUCUGGGACCACGUUACCCACAAGUUUAACUCAGUUUUGGCCGAAUCUCAGGCACACACUGAAUUCUCCAUAUAGAUUUCAUUGUACCAGCAGCUAUCUUUAUUGCUGAUUCUGUAACGUAACAAAUUCCAGUCAUUAAGUCCUGCACCUUUUUCCCAUUGAACAAUGUUUACUCACAAGAAAUCUCCGUUGAGCAAGAAUGCCAAACAAAAUUCAGUUGACCCCGGUUUCCCUGGGUAUUCGAGUCCAAACCCUUUUGAUUCUGACGAUGAAUCAGGCACGAAGAAAAGUCUUAAUCCCGCACAAAGAUCAAAUUCUGAGCCUACAUUAGUUAACUCACAUCUUGGUACACAUUCUUCUGAUAAUGAUGAGAGGAACCGAAACUCUUCUUCUUCAUACUCCCUUACUUAUUCGUCAAGAAAUAGAUACAAGAACGAUUUCCGUGAUGCUGGAGGAUUAGAGAACCAGAAUGUGCAAGAAUUGGAGAAUUAUGCUGUGUACAAGGCCGAAGAGACAACAACAACUGUCAAAAGCUGCUUGAAGAUAGCAGAGGACAUGAGAGAGGAUGCUACCAGAACUUUGGCCAAUUUGCAUCAACAGGGUGAGCAAAUCACCAGGUCCCACAUGGUUGCCGCAGACCUUGAUCACGAUCUUAGUAGGGGCGAGAAGCUUUUGGGAAGUCUUGGGGGCAUCUUCUCCAAGACUUGGAAGCCAACGAGGACUCGUCAUAUAAAAGGGCCUGUUAUGACAAGAGAUGAACCUGCUCAAAGAAGGGGUGACCAAUUGGAACAGCGCGAGAAAUUGGGAUUGACUACUGCACCCAAAGGACGGUCCAACACACGAACACCACCCCCUGAACCCGCCACUGCAUUGCAGAAAGUUGAGGUAGAGAAGGCAAAACAAGAUGAUGGACUUUCGGACUUAAGUAAUCUAUUGGAGGAACUCAAGUAUAUGGCUGUUGACAUGGGGUCCGAAAUUGAUAGGCAAUCCCCGGCUUUGGAUCGUAUGAUGGGUGAUGUGGACGAACUGAAUUCCAGAGUGAAAGGUGCCAAUCAACGCGGACGCCGUUUACUUGGGAAGUAGAAGAGUGCGGGCUUCUCAUUGACAGUGCCUCUUUGUACUACUCAUUUCUGCUUAAUAUGUAGUAGGCUCCCAACAUAUUUGGUGUUAGAUUCCCUCCUCUCGCUUCAUUUUGUUACUAUCAUAUCGAUACUCGGAUCUUGUACCUGCUUUCAUAUAUAAACAGUUAUUUAUUUA